CUCGGUCCCCCGCCCCGCUCCGCGCUCCUCCCCGCGCCGCCGGCGGUUGUCCCUCGGUAGACGGAAGCCGAGGAGGGAACGAGGGAGCCGGGGAGGUCGGAGCGGCGCGAUGGGGGAUUCCAAAGUGAAGGUGGCGGUGCGCGUCCGCCCCAUGAACCGGCGAGAGCUUGAUCUGCAUACAAAAUGUGUGGUGGAUGUGGAUGCAAACAAGGUUAUUCUUCAUCCUGUAAACACCAACCUUUCAAAAGGAGAUGCCAGCAGGACCCAGCCGAAGGUGUUUGCUUACGAUCACUGCUUUUGGUCUAUGGAUGAAUCUGUCAAAGAAAAAUAUGCAGGUCAAGAUGUUGUUUUCAAGUGCCUUGGAGAGAAUAUUCUUCAGAAUGCCUUUGAAGGCUAUAACGCUUGCAUCUUUGCCUAUGGGCAAACUGGAUCUGGAAAAUCAUACACAAUGAUGGGUACUGCUGACCAACCUGGAUUAAUCCCUAGACUUUGCAGUGGUCUCUUUGAAAGAGCACAGAAGGAAGAAAAUGAAGAGCAGAGUUUUAAAGUGGAAGUAUCCUACAUGGAGAUAUACAAUGAGAAAGUCAGAGAUCUUCUUGACCCGAAAGGAAGCCGUCAAUCAUUAAAAGUUAGAGAACACAGUGUUUAUGGUCCUUAUGUAGAUGGGCUAUCCAAACUAGCUGUUGCUAGCUACAAGGACAUCGAGUCCUUGAUGUCUGAGGGCAACAAAUCUCGCACAGUGGCUGCAACCAACAUGAAUGAGGAGAGCAGUCGGUCCCACGCAGUCUUCAAGAUUAUCCUCACCCACACACUCUAUGAUGUGCAAUCGGGAACGUCAGGAGAGAAGGUGGGCAAGCUGAGUCUGGUGGAUUUAGCAGGUAGUGAAAGGGCAACUAAGACUGGUGCUGCAGGAGACAGGCUGAAAGAAGGGAGCAACAUUAACAAAUCCCUUACAACUCUUGGACUGGUUAUUUCUGCCUUGGCAGAUCAGGCUGCUGGCAAGAACAAGAACAAAUUUGUUCCUUAUCGUGAUUCUGUGCUCACUUGGUUACUUAAAGACAGCCUUGGUGGCAACAGCAAGACUGCCAUGGUAGCGACAGUAAGCCCAGCAGCAGACAACUACGACGAGACCCUUUCGACACUCAGGUAUGCAGACCGGGCCAAGAACAUCGUAAAUCAUGCUGUGGUGAACGAGGACCCCAAUGCUCGCAUUAUUCGGGAGCUGCGUGAGGAGGUGGAGAAGCUGAGAGAACAGCUCACAAAAGCAGAGGCUAUGAAAUCGCCAGAAUUAAAAGAACGAUUGGAGGAGUCAGAAAAGUUGAUCCAGGAAAUGACUGUGACCUGGGAAGAAAAGUUAAGAAAAACUGAAGAGAUAGCACAGGAACGUCAGAAACAGUUGGAAAGCCUUGGCAUAUCGCUUCAGUCUUCUGGAAUAAAAGUUGGGGAUAAUAAGUGCUUCCUGGUGAAUUUGAACGCAGACCCAGCUCUCAAUGAACUCCUGGUAUAUUAUUUAAAGGAGCACACAUUAAUAGGAUCAGACAACUCUCAAGAUAUCCAGCUAUGUGGAAUGGGAAUUCUUCCUGAACACUGCAUUAUAGACAUCACCCCAGAAGGACAGGUUAUGUUAACACCUCAAAAAAACACCAGGACUUUUGUGAAUGGUUCUGCUGUUACGGGUCCUAUCCAGCUGCAUCAUGGAGACAGAAUACUAUGGGGAAACAACCACUUUUUCAGGCUGAAUUUGCCAAAGAAGAAAAAGAAACCGGAUCAUGAGGAUGAGGAGCGAGACAACUCUAUGAAGUGCAGUAAUAGUGUUGAGCAGCUGGAUGUAGAUGGAGACAAUUCCAGUGAAGUGUCCAGUGAGAUUAACUUCAGCUAUGAAUAUGCCCAGAUGGAAGUUACUAUGAAGGCCCUUGGUAGUAAUGAUCCUAUGCAGUCCAUCUUGCAAAGCCUGGAGCAGCAGCACGAAGAGGAGAAGAGAUCAGCACUUGAACGGCAGAGACUUAUGUAUGAGCAUGAGCUGGAACAGUUACGAAGGCGACUGUCACCAGAGAAGCAGCACUUCCGCAGCAUGGACAGGUUCUCCUUUCAUUCUCCCAGUGCUCAACAGCGUUUACGGCAAUGGGCAGAGGAGAGAGAAGAAAUGUUGACCCACAGCCUGAGAAAGCUGCGAGAGCAAAUUGUUAAAGCCAAUUUGUAUGUGAGAGAAGCCAAUUUUAUUGGAGAAGAAUUGGACAAGAGGACAGAGUAUAAAGUCACCCUCCAGAUCCCUGCUUCAAGCCUUAAUGCCAACAGUAAGAGAGGUGCAAUUCUCAGCGAGCCUGCUAUUCAGGUGAGAAGGAAAGGGAAAGGCAAACAGAUUUGGUCACUGGAAAAGCUGGAGAAUCGAUUAGUAGACAUGAGGGAUCUUUACCAGGAGUGGAAAGACUGUGAGGAAGACAACCCUGUGAUGAGAGCUUACUUCAGACGAGCUGAUCCGUUCUAUGAUGAGCAGGAGAACCACAGCCUUAUCGGAGUAGCCAAUGUCUUUCUUGAGUGCCUGUUCUAUGACGUCAAGCUGCAAUACGCUGUGCCAAUCAUCAAUCAGAAGGGAGAGGUAUCUGGCCGUCUCCAUGUUGAAGUUGUUCGAGUGAGUGGAGAGAUAGAUGACAGGUUGGUUGGUGGUGAGGAUAGUCCUGAUUAUUCCAAUGAAAAUGACACUCAAGAGAGAAAACUUGUCUGCAGGAUUAAAAUACUUCAGGCAACAGGUUUGCCACAGCACCUCUCCAACUUUGUGUUCUGCAAAUACACAUUCUGGGAUCAGCUGGAGCCAGUUAAUGUUGCACCUGAGGUGGAUCCUUCCUUAUCUCCCAUCAGCAAGGAACCACGCUGCAUGGUUGUCUUCGAUCAUUGCAACGAGUUUUCUGUAAAUAUUUCUGAAGACUUCAUGGAACAUCUCUAUGAUGGUGCUCUGGCAAUUGAAGUAUAUGGGCACAAACAGAGCGGUGACCGCAAAAAUCCAACCCUGUGGGAUUUGGGAAUCAUUCAGGCCAAAACACGGAGCCUUCGAGACAGGUGGAGUGAAGUAACCCGAAAAGUAGAGCUCUGGGUUCAAAUUCUAGAGCUGAAUGAGAAUGGGGAAUACUGCCCAGUUGAGGUGACUCCUGCCAAGGACGUUUGCACUGGAGGCAUCUUUCAGCUCAGACAGGGGCAAUCUCGAAGAAUUCAGGUUGAAGUGAGAUCUGUGCAGGAAUCUGGGACCUUGCCACUGAUGGAGGAGUCAAUACUAUCUGUUGGAAUUGGUUGUGUUCAAAUAAAACACGUUAAGUCACAAAAAGUACCUGAAAUUUAUCAGGAAGAAGAUGAUGAAAUGGACAGUUACCAGGAUAGGGAUUUGGAGAGGCUCCGUCGGAAGUGGCUGUGUGCCUUAACAAAGCGUCAGGAAUACCUUGAUCAGCAAUUGCAGAAACUUGUUGGGAAGCCUGAUAAAACAGAGGAUGAUGCUGAUCGGGAGGCACAGCUUCUAGAGAUGAGGCUAACGCUCACUGAAGAAAGGAAUGCUGUAAUGGUGCCUUCUGCAGGCAGUGGGAUCCCUGGAGCUCCAGCAGAGUGGACUCCCGUGCCUGGUAUGGAAACUCACAUUCCUGUUAUUUUCCUUGACUUGAAUGCUGAUGACUUCAGCUCCCAAGAUAACCUUGAUGACCCAGAAGCAGGUGGGUGGGAUGCGACUCUUGUUGCUGAGGAAGAAGAGGAAUUUUUUGAACUGCAGAUUGUAAAACAUCAUGAUAGUGAGGUGAAAGUAGAAGCCUCCUGGGACUCCACAGUCCACGACUGCAUCCAGCUCAGUAAAGGAACAGCAGCAGAUGAAAGAGUUUACCUUAUUGUGAGAGCCACUGUGCAGCUCAGCCAUCCUGCAGAAAUGCAGUUGGUGUUGCGCAAACGCAUCUGCGUCAAUGUUUAUGGCAGACAGGGCUUUGCACAGAGCUUACUCCGAAGAAUGUCUCACCGAAGUUCCAUUCCUGGCUGUGGUGUCACUUUUGAGAUAGUCUCAAAUAUUCCAGAGGAUGCUCAAGGAGCUGAAGAGCGGGAAGCACUGGCCAGAAUGGCAGCAAAUGUUGAAGACGCAGCUUCAGCUGACUCUGAAGCCUACAUAGAGAAGUACUUGCGAAGUGUGCUGGCUGUGGAGAACAUUCUCACCUUGGAUCGUCUGCGGCAGGAAGUUGCAGUAAAAGAGCAGCUAAUGGGAAAAGGAAAACUCUACCGGAGGAGCCUGAGCUCUCCCAAUGUGAACCGGCUUUCUGCAAGCCGCCAAGAUUUAGCUCCUCCUUAUAACCUGAGCAGCAAUCGGGGCCGAUGGGAAAGUCAGCAAGAUGUAUCCCAAGGUGUCACAAACUCCAGCAGGGGCAUUAGUCCAACUCGUACCUCUCUGCCAGGCUCCGGGCAGCAGAACCACUCCCCUGAUGCAGGUCUGGGUAGCCUUGCUGCUUCCUACCUGAAUCCUGUCAAGUCAUUCGUGCCUCAGAUGCCAAAGCUGCUGAAGUCUCUCUUUCCUGUUAGAGACGAGAAGAAGGGCAGGCAGACCUCACCUCUUGCACAGCAGGCUGUCCCACGGAUUAUGGUUCAGUCUGCCACUAUCGAUGCCAGUGCUGCAAAGAUAAAGCAGCUGAACCAAGAGGCAGCAGGGAAACGACCAUUCGAAGCUGCGGUACGGAUGUCAGAGGUGGAAAAGAAUCCCGAAAAGAUGCCCAAAAUGCCUUUGCAGCAGCCCACGGGAGAUGCCCAGGCUCAGGACUCCCAGGAAGGGCCUCCAAGUCCUCUGAGCGAAGCCUCCAGCGGGUACUUUUCCCACAGUGUAUCAACAGCCACCCUCUCUGAAGCCCUCACAGCAGGGAGUGAUGCUGUGGUUCAGCCAGGGGGACAGACACCUGCCCUAAGUGACUUCCCAGCUCCUGCUGUGGCUCAGGGAUCUUCAGACAUGCCGGGACACUCGGACAGUCCUUUGGAAAGCUGUCUCAACAGUAAGGGGGAGAGUCUACCCACCCCCAGCCUUCCUGGUGCUCACACAAGAUCAAAAGACAGCACUGAAGUGAAUGGGAGUGAUGCUUUGAAGUCAAAAUCUUCUGCAUCUCCUGUGACUCACAGUGAGCAGGCAAAUGAUGCCUCUGUAGCCACUGAUGCAAAAACCUUUCAUUCUACCUCUGCUCCAAGGAUGGAGUCAUCUAAACAAUUGAUGGAGUCAGCAGGACAGGCUGUCAGGAGAAAGGAAACAAGUUCUGGGGCUUCCGAACUGGGGGCUCCCAAACCACAGGUUCAGCCCAACCAAUCGUCCCAGCCCAGCGUUGCCGCCUCCCCCUUCAAAAUCCAGAAAGUCAAAACUUCAGAGCUCAAGUCCUUCACCAGCAUGUUGGGGACUGAUCCCUCGUGUUCACUAAACGCAGAGGAGGAGCAGCAGGAAGGAGAAAAGAGCGCAUCUGCAGCACAUGGCCUGAGCCAUAACGGGUCAGAGAUGGCAGAAGAAAAACUGGAAGUAGUUUCUGACUCUGAAGAUGGCAAUGAGAUUCCCGAGUGGCUGAAAGAGGGAGAAUACGUCACUGUUGGUGCAAACAAGACAGGCAUCGUUAGAUACAUUGGGCCCACGGAUUUCCAGGAGGGAACGUGGGUUGGUGUUGAACUGGAUUUACCUUCAGGGAAGAACGAUGGCUCCAUUGGAGGAAAGCAGUACUUCAGGUGCAACCCAGGCUAUGGAUUGCUCAUGAAACCAGGCAGAGUUAAAAAGGCCGCAGGACCAGCGAGGCGACGGAGCACCGGCGUGAGGUUGCAGGGAGCAGCAUCCAGCGAGAACAGGAGGAGUGGCAACUUCUCUGCUUCAGCAUCCAGCCUGGCUUCACUCACAGCCCUGGCUGCCAAGUCAGAAGCAGGACCCACAAUUCGCAUGGAGAAGAGCCAGAAAAACGCAGAGAACAGGAAAUCCUGGGCGAGCUGAGAGAGUGGCCUGCUGCAAAGCGCCGCAGCUGUGGGCCCCCAUCUUUUAGCUUCAGCUGGCUAAAAGCAGGCCUGUGAACUUGUGGUUUGUGGCAAACACUAAUGAAGGGUUUUUUCUCUG